UUUUUCAGCAACGGCCGGGAUGCUCGCCGAACUGGACAUCGAAUGAUGUCGAAGAGCCGAUCUGGAGAGCCCCAAACUGGAGCUGCGGCGGCCACGCCCUCGCGUGCAGCGCAGCGCGCGAGCUGGACGGGCCGCGGGACAGAAUUUGCGCGCGAGAAGUCCGAUGGCUGGAGGCGCGUGAGGGACGCCCGGAGGCCACGCGGUGUAUACGCGUGCCUGGCGCAGAAGGACUGGCACCAGCGUGUCUCCGCCCGGAGGCCCGACGUGCCUGGCGCUGGAGAGGCAUCCUGCCACACGUGCACGGCAAACCGCCGGGGCCGGCCGCGCCAUGGCAGGGCGGCGAGGUCUAGGCACGUCCACCGCCGCUGGCCAGGCCAGCGGCGGCGGAUGUGUCCAGCUCUCGUCGCCCUGUCAUGUGCCUUCGGCUUCCUGGUUGCUGUGGCAGGUGGUCAUGGGCCACCGCCAAAAGCUGGGAUCGAAUGCUCAUGCUUCGAGCUUGAGCGCGUCAUAAGAAGAAACAGCGUUCAGGAUACGAGCGUGUAGUCGUCGGACGAGGGAGGAGGAGAGGCGGGAGGGAAGAAAGGGGUGAAGAAGCAGGCAGGGACAUGACGAUACGAGGCAUAGAGGCGCCACGUAGUCGCCCGCCAGCGCUCUGAACAGAGUAAAGUCAUGGCGCGGCCUCAGGGGCCGCCUCGCAGACUCAUGAGAAGGUCAAUUGGAGGCUCCAGUGUUCGGGUGAUUACACUGGAGAACAUUACGUAAUUAUCUGUGGCAGACUUGGCACCCUUCUCGAGGGGCAGCAUGAACAGCGCAGUGAUCGCCCUGGCGGCAUCAGCGCGAGUGGUCUCUGAAGGCCGCCGGUGCUGUUCGACGCCUCCCGUCUCUGAAUUUCAAGCGGAGGCGUUUCGGCCUCGGAAGGCCGCCUGUGCUGGCGCGUUUGACACGACGGUGAGCGACCGCCCUCCACAGUCGUAUUCCCUCCUCCCC